AUGUGACAAAAGUCCAAAAAAUGGUCCAUGAAGAUCGGAAGUGCAUCAAAAGACCAGGCGAAGGAGAAGGAACUUUUCAAAGAUCUUUAUAUGCAAGCCACAGUUCUGAAUCCUGAUGUCUUAAGAUCUCCAGAAAUUGCUUUAAAAGUUCUCAAUAUGCUUAUAUCAAAUCAAUCAUUGGACCAAAUCCAAAGUGAAUUGGUUGACCUCCUAGGCUUUGACUGCAUUGAAAUUGUCGGGAAAAUGCUUGAAAGUAGAGAAGCCAUAGUCAAAUCUGUAAAAGCAUUAGAAUCCACAAAGCCUUCUGAUAAAGGGAAAUUUUCGUCCAAUAUCAUCAUCAAAAAAGAAAGCGAAAUCCAAUUUGAAAAAGAAAUGAGAAAAGGGGCAAAAAGAAACAAAAACACUACAAAAUCUGACACUGGGAUUCUGCUUGAUUUAGGAUUUGAUGAGAAUUUCUUGAAGAAUGAAGAACAGAUUAAAGAAGACGAAGAUAUGGAACAGUUUACAAGCCAGCUUGAAGGGGGAAGCGGAUUUCAAAACAAGGCUCUGCCAAGCACCCUUUAUGAAAUCCAAGAAAAGUACUAUACUGAACAAGUUCUGCCUGCAAUUCCAAAAGCUGCAGUGUCAAAAGAUCAUUUGAUCCCUAUUGAAGCUUUUGAAGAAUGGUGCAGGCCAGCAUUUGCAGGGAUUUCCCACCUGAAUCCGAUGCAAACCCAAGUGUUUGAAGCAACUUAUUUUACAAAUGAUAAUGUCCUUGUUAGUGCUCCAACUGGAGCAGGCAAAACCAAUAUAGCCCUGAUGGCUGUUAUGAGGGUUCUUAAGAACGCUAUGGAUGAAAACGGGACUAUUUCAGAACCAUUCAAGAUUAUUUAUGUCGCUCCAAUGAAAGCACUUGCUGCAGAAGUGACUGACAAAUUUAGCUCUCGACUUAAAUAUUUAGGAAUCUUUGUGAGGGAGCUGACAGGAGAUAUGCAGUUGACAAGGAUUGAAAUGGCAAGAACCCAUAUUAUAGUGACAACUCCUGAGAAGUGGGAUGUGGUUACUAGGAAAUCUGAGUCCAUAGCUCCUCUAGUUAAACUGCUAAUUUUGGAUGAAAUCCAUCUUCUAGAUGAUGAAAGAGGCCCAGUUCUUGAAAGUUUGGUUGCAAGAACUCUUCGACAAGUUGAAUCAUCCCAGUCAUCCAUCAGAAUAGUUGCUUUGUCUGCAACUUUGCCAAACUAUUAUGAUGUCGCUUCAUUUUUGAGGGUUCCAGAUAAUGCAUGCUUUUAUUUUGAUGGAAGCUAUAGACCGGUUCCACUUGAGCAGAGAUUCAUAUCUGUGAAAAGUGUUGUAAAUAAACAGCAGCAGCAAAAUAUGAUGCUGGAAGCCUGCUAUGACAAAGUUUUAGAACAGGUCAGAAAUGAUCAACAAGUCAUGGUUUUCGUGCAUUCAAGAAGAGACACAAUUAAAACUGCAGAAGGGCUACUUAACCUAGCUGUACUCAAUGGAGAAGUUGGGGAUUUUGAUUGCUGCUAUUCUUUGGCAUCUAAAAAAGAAGUAGAAAAGAGUAAAAACAGAGAUCUCAGAAAUCUUUUUGAGCAUGGGUUUGGAAUUCAUAAUGCUGGUAUGCUGAGAAAAGAUAGAAAUUUGACUGAAAAAUUGUUUAAGGAAAAGAACCUUAAAGUGCUUGUGUGUACAGCUACUCUGGCAUGGGGUGUUAACUUGCCAGCACAUUGUGUAGUUAUUAAAGGAACUGAAAUUUAUGACACAAAUGCUGGAGAUUUUAGAGAUAUUGGAGUUUUAGAUGUGCAGCAGAUUUUUGGUAGAGCAGGGAGGCCGGAUUAUGAUACUUCUGGUUUAGCAAUUAUUAUCACAACAGUUCAGAAAAUGCCAAAAUAUUUGGAAAUGCUUGUUUUUCAACGUCCUAUAGAAAGUAAGUUUUUAACCAACCUUAAAGAGGGUGAUGUUAAAUAAAAUGCACAGUACUUUUUACAGCCCCCUCCCAAGACCUAUAAAAAUGACUGUAAUUUAAAAAAUGGUUUUUUGGUAAAACAGUAUACUUUUUGAAUUUUUCCAAACAAUUUGUUGAAAAUGUAAACAGCGUUUUUACCAGCAAAGCCAAAUUAUACUUAUUAAUAAAAAAGCACUCUAAUUUGGAAUGUAUAAAAGUAUCAAAAGCUGCGCAUUUAUAUUUUACUCUGAAUUAAUCCUUUUGCAAGCAAUAUUAAUGCAGUCUGCGAUUAAUUUUGACUAAUUUAUGUUUUCUUUGGUAUUUUUUUUCUAAUUAUCCUCUUAUAACAGAUUGCUGAUAUUCUUGUGAAAGAUCUGCCUAAUUCUGUAAUAAAAUAAAUUUGAACUUAUUAUUGUAAUUUCUUAAAGAUAAAUGAAGCAAUUUCUCCAUCACUUAUUUGUGGUUUUUUUUAUAAUUUCUAAAUAUUGAUCAGCUUUAUUUUUAUAUAUUUAUUGUAAUUUUCCAUAGCAAACUGGUAUUUUCUUUUUGAAGGAUCUUGCGAAAUUUUUCAUCGUUUAUCUUCCAAAUUUAAAUGAACAAUACAUCUGGAUCAGCACAAAUGGUACCUCAGUACCCCCACCCCUUAUAUAGGCAAUAAUGUAAAUCUUAUGUAUUAAUUAGAAAGAGAAUUUGAGAUAAUAGUAAAAGCAUAUUAAAAAUGUUCAAAGAUCAUCUUCUAUAAAAAUAAGUAAACAAUAAAAAAUAUUUGAACUCCUAAGAUUAUAGUGACUAAUAGGGGAUAUAAGGGAGGAUAUUAUUAUUAACCCUGCCCAGCACAACUUAUUAAAUCAAAUAUUCAGGUGAUUAAAUAUAUAACCCAAAACCACUAUCUAUUGAUUAUGACUAUUAAGAUUAAAAUUUCAAUUGAAAACGCUGCUUUUAAUAUUGGCAAGACAAUUAUCCAAGCAAAUAGGCAGAAGGCAAACUAUUAAAGAAGACUUUAGUUAAAGAUUGAAUAAUUAGGAAGAAAGCUUAAUAAUUAUGCUUUAUCUCCAUAUAUUUCCUUUAACAGUAAAUCCUUUUUAUAUUUAUGUUUAGUAUGAAUAUAGUUAGCUGUUAUUAUAUUCGCAUAGCUAAUUAGUAUAAUACUAGCCAGCAAUAAUUUUAUAUUUAUAAAAUAUUAUACUUCAGUCAGCCAUCUCUCUAGAUAUUAUAUGGUUAUAUAGUGGUUCUAGUAAAUAGAUAUCAAAUGAUAAAUAGAAUCAAAUAUGUAAAUCCCGAUUUUUUCCAAAAUAUAGAAAGAAAAUAAUAUAAUCACCAAUUAUGCAUAUGGAAUGCUAUGCUUAUUCUGAAUAUGCGCAAGCUCUAGUAUUUUUGGGAUUUCUCAUAAGUAAGGAAUAAUAAGGUUCCUAGUUUUCCAAGCUAAUCUAGAGUUACUUAAAUCAUUAACUCCUUCAUCAGCCUUCAAAAGUCUAUAAUUGCUAUGUGCUCUCCUUUUAAAUUUUUUUUAUAGUUUCUUCUUUGUAAGUAAUUCAGGCUAUCAGCUUUGGGAGGAUAAAUUUUUCUCAUCUUUCUGUUCUUCUGAUAGCAUGCUAACAUAUAAAUGAUCGUAUAUUAGAGUUUUUUUAUCUAAGAAACCAUAUACAUUAUUAAAUGGAUAAAUAAUUAUAUAUUCCAUCUAAAUUCGGCUUUCAAUGCGAAAGAGGAAAUAAGCCAUUCUCUCUUUUUCAUUAAUUUUCUGUUUUUCUAUGAUCUCUUUUUAUGAAUAUUCUUACCGAGUAAAUUUUAUUUGUAAUAUGAAGCAAAAUUUGAUAUAGCUCAUCUUAUAAUAAAAUAGUUAAUAGACUUUCUUUUAUUGAAUUUGGCAGGACUCUUCAAGUUUAUUUUCUACAUUGGCAUAUUAAAGGGUGCAAUAUAAAAAAAUUCUUGAAUUUAAUGGAUUGCUUGAAGUUAAAUUCAAUGAUGGUUUUUGCAAGCAAAAAUCAUAAUGAUUGUUGUGAGAAAAACAACAAGUUUAAAGUUAUUUCUUGAGUUUGAUUAGUUUCUAUUGACUUUUUAUUUUUAGGGAAAUGGAUCGCCAUCUGAGGCGAAAACUGCAACAAUCUGCCGGAAACGGAAUGUGAGAGCGUGCAUGUGCUUCAGUGGAUUCUAUUCCAGAUGAUAUGUUUGAUAGGUAUGUUGACGCAGGAUAUCUUGACGAUGUCCUCGAUGAUGUUAUGGAUUAUUUUAUGGAUGACUAUGAAGAUGAAGAAGAGUGGCUUGAUGAGAGAGUAAGUGAAGAUGAGCUGGUUGAAGAAAGUGAUAGAGAAGAUUUAGCGGAAGUUGAGGCUCAGGAGAAUUUAGCUAUCAAAAUUGGAUGGAGAUAUAAUGGGAGGAUCAGAAUUGAUACAAGACUUGCAUAAACUUUAGGAAUGAAGGAGUGUCAUUAAAAACCAAAAGCCAAAGAAAAGUAAAAAAUUCAAAAAAGCAGAAAAGCAAAACAUUCAGGAAGAGCCAAAAAAACCAAAAAAAAGCCCAAAAAGAAUAAAAGCCAUAAAAAUUAACUUUGCCCAAAAAUCAAUAAAAGCCAAAAAGUAGAAAAAGUUAAAAGAGCAAACAAGGAAAAAAGACCAAGCGGGACAAAAAAGGAUAAGAAAGUAAUUGAGCCAAACAAGGUGAAUGCAGGUGGAAAUUUAGAGACUCGAGAACUUGAAGAUUUUGUUAGGGUAAUUUCGAACGUCAAGGUGGAAACACCAAUAGUGGUGGGAAAAAAACCUGGAAAAGGAGGAAAAAGCACAAACAGUUCGGUAUAAAUCGCUUAUUUUUGGUGAAAAAAAACCCAAUUUUAAGUUCAAAAAUUUGAUUAAGAGCCCAUAAGGGCUUAGCGAUGCUGAGCAUCACAUAAAUAAUGAUGAUGAUGAUGAUGAUGAUGAUGAUGAUUAGUUUUUCUAUUGUCCAUGGUUGUGGCAUAAUAUCAAAAUAUAUAUUUAUGGCAAUUCCAAAUAGCUCUGAUGCUACACAAAGCUCAAUGUCUCCUCCUCAAAAGCCAUUUCUUUUCAGUUUAUUUGCGUACUCAUAGAAGUUACAUCGAUUUUCUAUUUGAAUUAAAUUCUCAAGCAUUGGGCAAUAUAUAAUUUAUAGCCUAUUAUGCUCAUUUUAUAAUUCAAAUUAUCAAAUAGGUUCUAUUAUAAAAUUCAUAUUGAUAAUAUAUUAUAAUUCCCAUCUUCAUUGGUCAAAAUAUAAUCAGCUAUCAUAGUUCUAAUAGCCGCGUGGCCUUCUUGAGUAUUUGAAAGAAUAUAAGAAAUAGCUCGAUAUAAGCAAUUGACGUCACCUUUAAUAGGAACUAAUUUAAAAUUCUUAUUCUUUCAAUGAUUUCUUUCUCAUUCUGUUUUUUGUCUUGGUCAUUUGAACUUAAGCUAGGCUGUUCUGGUAGUUUUAAAAUCGCUUGGAUCAUUAAAGGGUUAUUCUCAUCAUAAUCUGAAAAGCCUGCUGAAGACUCGGAAACUGCUAUUGGCAUUUUUUCUGGUUUUCAGAGUCUUUCUCUUCUGAUAAAUUUAAUUCAUCAAGAAUUGAUAUAUUAUUAUUAAUAAAUGCUCAUAAUUAUCUUUUGAUUAUAUUUAUUUCAGAUCUAAAAGGUAUGAGCAGUUACUAUUAUUUUCUUAUACAACUGAUUUUAAUUCUUCUCCUUCAAUGUUUUUUAUUUCACCCUUCAAUGAAAAUUGCUUGUGAUUAUUAUCAGCUUUUUAUGUCCCAACUAAUCUGCUUUAAUUUCAUCAUUUCAUAUUUUAUAGUGUGCUUUUUUCCUCUUAUUUUGAAAGGCAAAAAUAUAUAAUUGUGUAUCAUGUUUUACAUUCAUUUAGGCAAUAUUGUUUGCUAUUUAUUAGUAUCUAAUAUAUACUACUUAUUAUAAAAUCCUACUUUCUCUGCUUAAAUUUGCUUAUUCUUGAUAGAAUAUAAUUUUUAUAUUUCAAAAAGUAACUUUUGUAUAUUUUCCAUAUCAAAAACCAUUUUUGAAAGUUACAAUCAUUUUUAUAGGUCUUAGGAGGGUUUAAAAAAAGUGCAGUGCAUUUUAUUUAACCUCACCCUCUUAAAGAUGCUCUCAAUGCUGAGGUUUCUCUUGGCACCGUUACAAAUUUGCAAGAAGCUAUGAGGUGGCUUACUUAUACCUAUUUCUACGUCAGAGUUAAAAAGAGCCCUCUAACCUAUGGCUUCAGUUUAGAUGAGUCCAAAACCCCUCAACUACUAAGUUUAAACAUAGAAAAAAGAAUCAUAGAAGCUUCCAAAGCCCUCAACAUCUUCAAAAUGGUUCGGUAUGGAGAAAACAACUAUACAAUGUCUACCACAGCCCUAGGCAGAAUUGCCUCAAAUUUCUAUAUUAGAGCUGAGACCAUUGAAGUUUUCAACGAAACUCUAAAACCAGCCCUCACAGAUGAUGAAAUAUACAGAAUGUUUUGUGAAUGUUCAGAAUUCAAACAAAUCAAGCAAAGAGAAGAAGAACUGAUUGACCUUAACAUCCUAGUAAACGAAGUUAGCGGGAACUGGAUUGAGCUUAAAAAAGAAGAUGCAUGCACCACCUAUGGAAAAGUAAUUUGUCUGAUGUAUGCUUACUUAAUAGGAUAUCCCAUCGAAGCCUUCUCAUUAGUAGCUGAUAUGGCUUAUAUUGUACAAAAUGGAGUCAGAAUCCUUAGAGGGCUCUUUGAAAUCUGCAUGAAAAGGUAUUGGUCUUAUAUGGCUGAGAGGCUAUUGAAAAUAAGCAAAAUGCUGGAUAGAAGAGUGAUGGACUGGAUGAGUCCUUUGAGGCAGUUUUCAACAUUUGGGAAUUUAGGAGGCUACACUGCUUCUACAAGUUCGAGCUUCUUCCAAGGAGGAUACAUCUCUGAUGAACUUGUGCAGAAAAUUGAAAGUCUUGGCAUCACAAUAGAGAGAAUCAAAGAAUAUGAAUUAAAUGAGCUUUCAUUGCUGCUAAGGAGGGAUGAGUCUGCAAAAUCUGCAAAGCAAUUUGCUAGUUAUCUGCCUAUUUUAGAUCUAGACCCAACUUUGCAGCCGAUUACAGGAAAUAUUAUUAAGGUCCACCUAGAGAUUUCUCCAGAUUUUACUUGGAGAGAAAGGUGGCAUGGACAAAGCCAAGGCUAUUGAAUUUGGGUUGAUGAUGGCCAUGAUAUUCUGCACUUUGAGUACUUUGUUCUGCACUUAAAAGCCCUGCUUAAAGAUGAGAAGCCAACAGUCACAUUUGCAAUUCCUAUUCACAAGCAGAGAGCUGGAGACCUAUUUUAUAUAAGAUGUUUCAACGACCAUUGGUAUGGUGCUGACACAAUUGUGCCUAUAGAAAUCGAUCAAUCUCUUCUACCAAGUGAGGAAACCCUUCAUACUGAACUUCUAGAUUUAAAUCCUCUCCCUAAAUCUGCCUUGCAAAACGCCACCUUUGAAAGCUUAUACAAAUUCCAAUUUUUCAAUCCAAUUCAAACGCAGACAUUCCACACCCUCUACCAUCAUGAUACAAAUGCCUUGGUAGGUGCUCCUACUGGCUCUGGAAAAACAAUUAUAGCAGAAAUUGCAAUGUUCAGAGUUUUCAGCCAAACUCCUGACAAAAAAAUAAUCUAUAUAGCUCCACUAAAAGCUUUAGCAAAAGAAAGACUGCGAGACUGGAAUGUUAGGCUGGUAGGAAUUGGGAAAAAAGUUGUAGAACUGACUGGAGAUUACACACCUGAUAUAAAUGCAUUGAACGCUGCUGACGUAUUGGUGACAACUCCUGAAAAAUGGGAUGGUAUUAGUAGAAAUUGGCAGCAUAGAGAAUAUGUGCAAAAAGUCGCGCUGGUUGUGAUUGAUGAAAUUCAUCUGCUGGGGCAAGAUAGAGGGCCUGUGCUGGAGGUCAUUGUAUCUAGAAUGAGGUAUAUGUCAAGCCAGAUUAACAGUAAUGUUAGAAUUAUUGGGCUCAGCACUGCUUUGGCCAAUGCUCAUGAUCUUGGAAACUGGCUUGGUAUCGAAAAGCCUGGAUUUUUCAAUUUCAAGCCUUCAGUCAGGCCAGUCCCACUGCAAGUCCACGUUGAUGGAUUUCCAGAAAAAGCUUACUGUCCCCGCAUGGCAACAAUGAAUAAGCCAGCUUUUAACGCAAUUAUGAGUUACAGCCCUAAAAAGCCAACUCUCAUCUUCGUGUCUUCUAGAAGGCAAACCCGACUGACCGCUUUUGAUUUAAUUGCCCACUGUUCAGCACAGCUAGGCUCAAGCACCGGAUUCUUACAAAUUCCAGGAGAAGAAAUGGACAUGAUAAUUCGACGAAUUAAAGAUUCCAACCUCAGACAUGCAUUAAUGUUUGGCAUAGGUAUCCAUCAUGCUGGGCUUGCAGAGUCAGACAGAACUACAGUGGAAGAACUAUUUGCUAAUGAAAGAAUCUUAAUUUUAGUGACGACCAGUACUUUGGCUUGGGGAGUGAACUUCCCUGCCCAUUUGGUCAUUAUUAAGGGCACUGAAUUUUAUGACGCAAAGGAAAAAAGAUAUGUUGACUUUCCAAUUACUGAUGUUUUGCAGAUGAUGGGCAGAGCUGGAAGGCCACAGUUUGAUGAUAAUGGAAUUGUUUGUAUCUAUGCACAGGAAGAAAAGAGAAAUUUCCUCAAGACAUUUUUGUAUCAGCCUUUCCCAGUUGAGUCAUCUUUGGCGGAUCAACUUCCUGACCAUAUAAAUGCUGAAGUAGCGGCUGGGACACUAACUUCGAGAGCAGCUUGCAUUAAUUAUCUUACUUGGACUUAUUACUUUAGGAGGCUUACUAAAAACCCUGCUUAUUAUAAUCUCCAUGAUACAACGGCAGAAGGAGUUAACGAAUUCCUUACAGGUCUUAAGAAAUAGAAUAAUGACAUUGGCGGAAAACGGACUCCGAAGUGGACUUCAUAUGUAGCAAGUAGGCCCAUCCUGAUGAAACUGAAAGCAGGUCCUCUGUCUCUUUUUAAAGAGACCUUUAAGCUUGGGAAUGCUUUACCGAAGAGGGAAGUUUUGUUUCUCCUCCUACGGAUUUUUUCCUGUCCCAGCCAUAUGGGCUAGACAGGUUUUGCCUAUAACAUGGCCUUUUCUCAUUGGGACUAUCGGAGCUUCUCACAGACGGUGGUUCUGCAAGGGAGCUGCUCCUCCAGAUAGGUGCUCAGGACUGGUCCCAAUAAAUCUGAAAAUGGCGCCUCUGUCACUUUUUGCAGUAGAUUGAGGAUGCCUGCCGAAGAGGGAAGCUUUCUUUCUCCCCCGAUAAUUUUCCUGCAAUGCCAUUACAGAGCCGAUCCCUUGAACAGGUGGUUUAUGUUGGAAAUUCAAAAUAGCAGCAUUUUGGAGCCUAAGUGGGCGAUGGCUAGUAAGCCCAUCCUUAUGGCCAGCAUAGCCUUUUAAUUUGAUUUAAUUAACAGGUCUUAUUGAUUCUGUCCUAGGAAAAUUAGCAGAGUCCAAAUGUAUUGAAUUAGAAGAUGGGUUUAUCCAGCCUCUACCAAUGGGCCAUAUAGCAAGUUUCUACUACGUUACACAUAAAACAGUCAAAAUCCUAAGCGACCAGCUGACAGGGACUGCACACUCUUUUGAAGACCUAAUAAAAAUAAUCAGCAGAGUCCCUGAAUUUUCUGAGGUUCCUGUUAGACAUAAUGAAGACAACUUAAACGAAGAGCUCUCCCGUCUUGUGCCGCUCCCAGUUGACCAAAAAUCCCUUGAUUCCCCAUACACUAAAACAAACCUGCUUCUUCAAGCUCACUUUUCAAGAGUCCCACUCCCUAUCAUUGAUUACAUGACUGAUACAAAACUUGUGAUGGAUCAAUGCAUUAGAAUUCUGUUCGCCAUGGUCGACAUAAGUUCACAAGUUGGCUCACUUGAAACUACCCUCAAAAUUAUGACCCUCACACAAAUGGUAUCUCAAGGACAGUGGUAUUACAACUCUUCUUUGCUGAAUUUGCCUGGGAUGAACCACAAUAGGAUUCAUGCACUUUAUCACUCUAUUUAUAAUAUUGAAACUUUAGCACAGCUAGUAGAGAUGGACUUUAAAGAAAUAAACAAAAUUUUGGAUGACCUCGGCUUUAAUAUGAGCAAUACUGAAAAAAAUCAGCUUUUCACAGCUUUGAAAGGCCUUCCAUUAAUAGGAUUGGAAUGGACUGUUGAUGAAGGCGUCAAAGAAGAAAGCUUGUGGGAAGAAGACACACACUUUGAGCCAGGAUCUAUUGUACCAGUUAAAAUUACAAUUGAAAAAGCCAAAAAGAACAUUUCGAAACGUCCUGUUUUCAAUAGGACCGGAAGGAUGACAGAAAUUGGAUUUUGGGUGAUGGUAGGGUGCAAGAAAAAUGACCAAGUUUUAGCGAUAAAGAGAUUCCAGCUGCCAAAUAAGCAUUUCACAAGCUUCAAUCUAAAUAUCCAAGUCCCAAAUGAUCCAAAUAUGCAGAUAUACUUAAUAUGUGAUAGCUAUGUUGGCUUGGAUCAACAGUAUGCGCUUAAGUAA